AUGUCCCUACCAGAUGCAGCUCCAAAUGGAGAUCCUACUGCAAUUCCCCUCCAAAAGAGGUCUAACUCGGACGUUCCUAUAGAUCCCUCCAUCUCGCAAGCUAGCCCGACCUAUCCUCCCUACUCGCCAUAUCCUCAAGGCCAAGAUAUGCAGCACGCCUAUCAAGCCCAGCAUCCUCCCUACAUGCAGCAACGUCCUCCUCACGAGCAAUGGGGCGGCUAUCCCCCUCAGCAUGGGAUGCCCGGCCCAUACCCUCACCCCGGAGGGCCAGGUGUUCAGGGACCACCUCAAACAUCAGCUGCAUCUCGCCCCGGACAGGUUUAUUCCUUUGUUCCGAUCCCUGGUGCUCAGCAGCACAAGCGCCCACGCAGAAGAUACGAGGAAAUCGAAAGAAUGUACAAAUGUGGCUGGAAUGGAUGUGAAAAGGCGUAUGGCACAUUGAAUCAUCUCAACGCGCACGUCACCAUGCAAUCGCAUGGCACGAAGCGAACACCUGAAGAAUUCAAGGAGAUUCGCAAGGAGUGGAAAGCGCGUAAGAAGGAGGAAGAGAAUGCUCGCAAAGCAGAAGAUGACCGGCAACGAGCAGCAGCCCAAGCCGGCCAAGUUGAUGGGCAACCCCCCGAGGGUCAUCAGGUUCCCGGUCAGGCGUAUCAAAACGGCGGAAGACCAUCGCUACCACCCAUUGGAUAUCAGUCUGCCGAAGGCCAACAUCAGGGACAGUAUGGGCAACCACAAGCUGGCAUGGUUUAUCCCCAGAACAAUGGACAGAUGGGAAACUAUGCCAAUUAUCCAAACUCGCCAUAUGGACAACAAGGCCAGGUUUACCAGCAGCGCCAGUACUAG